AAUAAAGAAAACCAAUGUAUUAUUAUUAUUAUUAUUAUUAUUAGUGACGCUGUCUUCGUCUGUCACUUCAGUGGCUCCUCACAGUGCGCUUAUUUCUUUAAAGACAGCGCCCUCUGGUGGUAACGUCGCGAAACAGACUCUCCUUUACGACUGGGUGAAAAAUCAUUUUGUGGGAGCGGCUGAAAUUCAAACUUUAGUUUCGUUUCCAUCGCGGGACUGUUGCAGAAGUUAGGAGAUGACCGGUGAAGAAAAUGAGAACAAGACAUUCCUUAGAAGAGGAAGAAAGCGAGGAAGAAGCUAUAGGCAGAAGAGUUAGCCAAAGACAAAGAAAGAGAAUCAAAUAUAAUUUUGAUGUAGAACAGGAAGAUUAUUAUUAUGAAGAUGAGGAUGAGGAUGAGGAAGACAACGGGCAACCAGGCCCGUCCGACGGCUCCAACCACAACCAACAACCAAGUGCACACAACAACAAAGUCUGGAAUGUAAACUGUGGAGAGAAAAAGGGCUUCCUGGAUGUGGAAAAAUUCGAGAGUGGCGAGCCGUGUAUCGAGUGCGAGGACCAGUGUUUCCGUCCUCAUGAGUUUGAAACCUUUGCCGGGAGAGGCUCGAGUAAAAAAUGGAAAGCAAGUAUUUACUAUAAAAAACGGCCCCUUGAGUUCUGGAUGGAGCUAGGUUACUUAAGCACAAAGGGAUUUAAAAGAAGGGGAACUAGGACUGCAAAGACGAAAACCUCGUCAUCAAAUCACUCUAAAGACAGCUCCUCUGAAGGGUCUGAAAAUCAGAUCACAGAGGACAGUGAGGACGAUGAGGUUGAAGAUGAAGAUUGGCCUCGUGGCAGUGAAGAACUGUUUGAAGAGGAGGAAGAGAAGGUGGAGCCUGAUGGAGACUCAGGAGGGGAUGACGGGGAAGAGCUGACGAGAGCGGCACAUGGAGAAGUGGAAGGGGAGAGGUUGAAAGCAAUACAGAUGGAAGUAAGAGUUAUCAUUGAAAGACAUCCAGAGAUAAACAGCAUUUCCGAGUCGGACUGCAUGGAGCACACAGCAGGAGACCGUAGGGGCGAUCUACUGCACGAGGACGACCAAGAGGAGAGAGAGUUCCCCCCUUCAAGACCCGAUGACCCCUCAGACACAGCGGCACCUCACGGUGAACAUUUGCAGAUGCCCGUCACGGCCAUCAAACGCGAGGACGACGAGGAGUCUGUAGACGUGACACAGAGUGCUGGAGGAAAAGAAGACGCAGAGAGACACCGCGGACCUGAAGCAGGCAACUCUCAGACUCCAUCUGCGGCAGACAUCGACCCGGAAAUCCUGACUGAAACCAGAGUGGAAGGGUCCACCCCCGUGCCGUCGACCGGCUGUCACCUGGAUACGAUGGACCUCGAGCAAUUGAAAAAGGAGAAAAUUAAAAUGCAACUGAGAGUGUUGAAGCUGCAGGAGGAAUACUACUCUCUGAAAUUAAAGGAACGCAAAAGGGAACAUCAAAAAUGAAGUUUGCUGCUUCCUUCUCUUCACUUUUUUACAAUCUUGAAGAAGAAAAAAAACAAGCACUUGGGGACGGUGGGUAGAGUGAGGGGGAGUGUCUGAUGUUUUUUUUGGGAGUGGGAGCGGCAGUGGAUUAGGACCGAAGGUUAGUCCUGCAAGGGGUGGGUGGGGGUUAGCGUCUGCAGACCUGAGAGUGCGGGUGGGAGUGUGCCGGUGGGGGAGCCAGGUUAUGGAGGGCUUUGUAGGUGAUAAUAAGAAGUUUGAAGUGGAUACACAGACAAGGACAGAUGUCCUCAAUCAACCAGAUGUUUGAGCUCUAAGUGGUUUGAAGUGAUUCAUGAGAAUUUGAGACUUUUGACAGGUUUCUUUGUGCACUGAUGUCAACGUACUUGAAAAUGUUGCAAUAAACUGGAUUAUUAAGAUUUA